GGAGGCGACCAUACUAUGGUGUAAGGAAGCGAGGGGGCCCGUGCAAUUCAUUAUUAGUUUGAAUCAGACAAUAUAAAACUCCGACCUUUUGUUUGUUUUAUUGGAAAUGGUUAUAAUGUAACGGCAUCUCAAUACACGGGCGCGCUUUUAAAUGAGGCAAGCGUAAAGUGGAGACUCAAACGCUGUUGAUUUGAUGUUCUGGUCUCAUCAUUAUCAUCACCAGCAGUAUCAUUAGUAGCUAACUGGCAUUUUGUUUUCGGGGGCUUCGGCGAGAAGUGACAAGAAUCUAAGACCCCUCCUCUGCAGGGCGGAGCGUGCAUUUUGAUGUCGAUUUUGUAUCUUUUUUUCUUCUCUGACACGUCCGCACUGAGUGAAUGGCAUUGGCACAUUGUCAAUCGCUCACUACUGCUGCCAUCAAACAACAUAAAGCACACACAGCCCGCGCGCUCGACUCAUAAAUUUCCGCCAGCAGAUAUUUUUGCGCUUCGCUUUAUGGCGCGUGAUUAAUUUUUUCGCCAGGUUUUCUAUUUUCCCUACCGAAAGUGAGAAAACUUUUUUAUACGUUUUUAUAUUUUUUUCCCUACAAUCUUUAUAGCUCUGGUCGCCGGUGCUGAUGGUUUAAUUUAUUUCACUCGGCUUCUUUUAUUUUCUUAUAUUUUAUUUUUGGAAAAUCUUUUCAAAGGCAAUAUUUUUGCCUGUUGUUCACACUCAGUGUGCUUAUUUUUAAUUACAUAAUCAUUAAUUUUGAUUAAUUGUUACUUUCCAUCAGAGGCAUGGGAUGUUUUGCUUGCAACUCUUUGUAAUACUACGGAUUUGUCCAAGUUUUCCAGAAGUGCACAAGGCGAAAUUAUCCUUAGAAGACCGCAAAUAAGAAUUCCAGACAUCUGCAAAGGACCCCAGCUCUUCAAAGAAAAAGACAAAUUGGCAUGAAGAUUCAGACAGGAUUGAACGGGCAACCACUGUCACCUGAACGCUGAAGUUUACUUAAAUAAUAGGCACGAAAUAGCAUCGCUAAUUUUUCUCCGAUGGACAUUCGUACAGGAGGAUCAAAGACGAUAUAAAUCUUUUCCAUAAAGUGAUUCCUGGGACAUCAAUUCCACUAUAUUUCAUCCAGCGAUUUAUCGUAUUUGAUGCGUUGCUUCACGGUCAAUAUUUUGUGCACGAUAGCGACCCGUUAACCACCGCACAUGAAAUAAACAAGUUGUUUUUGCAUGUGCAUUAUCCGACUUUAUUUCACCCAUCUCAGUGACUGAGCACGAGCGCAUUGAUUGUGUUGCGGCGGACUAUGGACGAGCAAGCCCGGAUCAUGCAGGCUCUCGGCGGUGUCAGCCUGGCCGGUCACUCGGUACAGGGAGGCAUGGCUCUGCCGCCUCCACACGGACACGACGGAACCGAUGGGGAUGGAAGAAAACAAGACAUCGGUGACAUUCUGCAUCAGAUCAUGACCAUCACCGACCAAAGCCUGGACGAGGCGCAAGCAAAGAAACAUGGGCUCAACUGUCACAGAAUGAAGCCAGCCCUCUUCAGUGUCCUCUGCGAGAUCAAAGAGAAAACAGGUCUAAGUAUCCGCGGGGCUCAGGAGGAGGACCCGCCGGAUCCACAGCUGAUGCGUCUUGACAACAUGCUUCUGGCAGAGGGCGUGUCGGGACCGGAGAAGGGCGGAGGAUCAGCGGCGGCGGCAGCGGCAGCAGCAGCAGCCGGCAGCGGCAGUCCCGCUGACAACUCCAUCGAGCACUCUGACUACAGGGCCAAACUCUCCCAGAUCAGACAGAUCUACCAUACCGAGCUGGAGAAAUAUGAGCAGGCAUGUAACGAGUUCACUACCCACGUCAUGAAUUUGUUGAGGGAGCAGUCUCGCACACGGCCCAUCUCGCCUAAAGAGAUCGAGCGCAUGGUCAGCAUCAUCCAUCGCAAAUUCAGCUCCAUCCAAAUGCAGCUUAAACAGAGCACCUGUGAGGCCGUCAUGAUCUUGAGGUCCCGCUUCCUCGAUGCCAGACGGAAACGGCGGAACUUCAGCAAGCAGGCAACCGAGAUCCUGAAUGAGUAUUUUUACUCGCAUCUUAGUAACCCUUACCCCAGCGAAGAGGCCAAAGAGGAGCUGGCUAAGAAGUGCAGCAUAACAGUAUCCCAGGGGGUGGGAACCACCAUCACAGUGGCACAGGUAUCCAACUGGUUCGGCAACAAGAGGAUCCGCUACAAAAAAAACAUUGGCAAGUUCCAAGAGGAGGCCAACCUGUAUGCCGCUAAGACAGCCGUGACUGCCGCACACGCAGUAGCUGCCGCCGUCCAGAAUAGUCAGACCAACUCACCCACCACACCCAACUCCGGAUUCCAGAUGAAAGAUGAAGAAUUUCAGCUGGACUCUGCAGAGAACAAAAACACUCUAUUAACCAACAUGUUCACUGGUGGAUACCCUGCGCCAUGUUAUCAGUCAGACGGCAGGAUACAAUGAUGCCCUGGGGGGGAAUCCCAUGUAUAGUCCACAUGGCUUGAAUGGUAAUAGGGGAUGGCAUGAUGCUGCAACUCCAUCCUCUGUGAUCUCCCCUACAGAAGGCCCUG